UAGAAGCCUAAUUGAAAUGUAAUUUCCUUUCUCCGCCAACCAAAGAAGAGAAGAUCGAAGAGCCAUGGCAAGCUUCAGUCUCCGUCUCCGCUCACCAGUUUUGCUAAUUCCGACUUGUCUCCUCCUCCUCCUCCUUCUCGCCUACAUCUUUCCCUUAACCCAAAACCUUCUCACCGGCCUCCAUCUCUCUUCCUCCACUAUUCCACAAACCCCAUCACAACUACUCUCUCCCGCACCUGCUCCGGCCCUGGAUGCACCAGCACCGGCAUCGGCUCCGCCCAUAACUUUCACAACUAAACCCGCUAACAACACUUCCAUCCAUCUCAAGAAGAAGAGCAUGAGCGGGACGGAGAGGAUUGAAGAAGAUUUGGCAAGAGCACGGGCGGCUAUUCGUGAAGCGAUUCGCGCACAAAACUGUACAUCUGAUAAGGAGGAGAUUUACGUUCCCACAGGAUCCGUUUACAGAAAUGCCUACGCUUUCCACCAGAGUCACGUUGAGAUGGUAAAGAAAUUCAAGGUGUGGGUGUACAGGGAAGGAGAGCUACCCAUGGCCCACAUUGGGCCCAUGAGUUACAUCUACUCCAUCGGGGGACAGUUCAUGGACGAGAUGGAGAGAGGGGAGAGCCCCUUCAUGGCCCCUCAUCCUGAUGACGCACAUGCCUUUUUUAUACCUCUAAGCGUCAGCAAGAUUGUUGACUGCUUUUACCGGCUUGACCCCCACGGAUUUAAGCGCCGUUUGGGUCGCAUCUUCGCCGAUUACAUCACCGUCGUAGCCGACAAAUAUCCCUACUGGAAUAGGAGCGCCGGUGGAGACCAUUUCAUGCUCUCUUGCCAUGACUGGGCACCAACACUCGUAAAAUACGACCCAAAGUUAUACCGGAAUUUCAUAAGAGUGCUAUGCAAUGCCAACACAUCUGAAGGAUUCAAGCCAAUAAGAGACGUCUCAUUGCCAGAAUAUAACUUGAAAGGUCAUCAUGAGAACAGCCUCGGCCCGCCUCGCCUUGGCCUGCAGCCUAGUAAGCGCACAAUCCUUGCCUUCUUCGCGGGCGCCGCCCACGGAGACAUAAGGAACAUGCUAUUCCAGCAUUGGAAGGACAAGGAUGCGCAAGUCCAAGUGUACGAGAAUCUUCCAAAGGAGAAAAACUACCACAAAAUUAUGGGACAAACAAAGUUUUGCUUGUGUCCGAGUGGGUCGGAAGUGGCAAGUCCGAGAGUGGUCGAGGCAAUGUACCAACAGUGUGUUCCGGUGAUUAUUUCCGACUUCUACACGUUACCCUUCAGUGAUGUUCUUGACUGGAGCAAGUUUGCGGUGUUUAUUCCGCCGGAAAGAAUACCGGAAAUUAAGACGAUCUUGGAGGGUAUUUCAGAGAAGAGAUAUUUAACGUUGCAAAAGAGGGUGACACAAGUAGCAAGGCAUUUUGAGCUGAACCGGCCGGCUAAGCCAUUUGAUGUGAUUCACAUGCUGCUUCAUUCUGUGUGGCUCAGAAGGCUUAACUUUAAGCUAACACAGAAUGUUUAUUAAUCAAUCUGCAUUAAUCAUGUACAUAUUUUAAUCAUUUAUAUGGUAAGUCAAAUUUUUUACCUUGGGUAAAUUUA